UAUCGAAGGUCUUGUCUUGUCUCGUUCCCGAUGAAUAGUUUUAUGAGUCGUUCAAGGAUUUUAAAGAGUCUGAUUAGCAGAGCACGAAGCUUUGCACGGCCUGGAGUUAGAUCCACUCUUUCUCAGCCGCAGCCGCAGCCGCCGUCUCUAGCCUCCGCGCUUUCUUCAUCCGCCAUCAUGAAUGGCCUCGAAACUCACAACACAAGGCUCUGUAUCGUAGGCAGUGGUCCAGCGGCUCACACGGCGGCAAUUUACGCGGCGAGGGCGGAACUUAAACCUCUUCUCUUCGAAGGAUGGAUGGCUAACGACAUCGCUCCGGGAGGCCAGUUAACAACCACCACAGACGUCGAGAACUUCCCCGGAUUCCCAGAAGGUAUUCUCGGAGCAGAGCUCACUGACAAAUUCCGUCAACAAUCGGAGCGAUUCGGUACUAAGAUUUUCACAGAGACGGUGACAAAAGUCGAUUUCUCUUCGAAACCGCUUAAGCUAUACACAGAUUCAAGAACCGUUCUAGCUGACGCUGUGAUCCUCGCUACUGGAGCUGUGGCUAAGCGGCUUAACUUCGUUGGAUCUGGUGAAGGUUCUGAAGGUUUCUGGAACCGUGGGAUCUCAGCUUGUGCUGUUUGCGACGGAGCUGCUCCGAUUUUCCGUAACAAACCUCUUGCGGUGAUCGGUGGAGGCGAUUCAGCAAUGGAAGAAGCCAACUUUCUCACUAAAUAUGGAUCAAAAGUGUUUAUAAUCCAUAGGAGAGAUGCUUUUAGGGCGUCUAAGAUUAUGCAGCAUAGAGCUUUGUCCAACCCUAAGAUUGAUGUGAUUUGGAAUUCUUUGGUUGUGGAAGCUUAUGGGGAUGGAGAAAGAGAUGUGCUUGGAGGAUUGAAAGUGAAGAAUGUGGUUACUGGAGAUGUCUCUGAUUUGAAAGUUUCUGGAUUGUUCUUUGCUAUUGGUCAUGAGCCAGCUACUAAGUUCUUGGAUGGUGGUGUUGAGUUGGAUUCAGAUGGUUAUGUUGUGACGAAGCCUGGUACCACACAGACUAGUGUUCCCGGAGUUUUUGCUGCCGGUGAUGUUCAGGACAAGAAGUAUAGGCAGGCGAUCACUGCUGCAGGAACUGGGUGCAUGGCAGCUUUGGAUGCAGAGCAUUACUUGCAAGAGAUAGGAUCUCAGCAAGGUAAGAGUGAUUGAGGAAUAUAAUCAGAAUGCUCGGUCAUUGAGCUAAUUUCUGAUCCCUGAUGGAUAGAUUGGACCAUAAUAUGAGAUUUGAUCUUUAGCAUAGAAGAAAGUUAAAGGAGAUUGAUUUGUUUAUUCUUCAAUAUUGCAGUUGGAAAUGAGUACGGAUAUUGUUCAAAGUUGUAGCUCUAAUUCUGAAACUAGCUACGACAAAAUCCCCAAAGAUUUGAUUUUUCA